AUGAAGAUCGCUAUACUUUUUGCGAGCCUCGGGACUGUGUAUCCUUCUGCGAACGACGAGAAUCUACAAUCACUCGGGCAACUGUACAAAGCCCACGGAGCCAUCGCCAAUUUCGUCUACGAAAGGCUGACCGCUCGACCUACAGUUCGAAAACUCGGCCGCUCAAAAUCAGCCACUGCCCAAACACAAGAAAGACUGACUGCACGACUCUUGGAGCUUCAAGAACGACAGGAACAUAUUGUCAAAAGAUGUGGCCCGGGCGGGUCAAAAGCAAUUGCUCAAGAACGAAAAAAAGAAGUUGAUUCUCUCGAUGGAGGAGAUCUCAUUGCAAGUCGCGGAAAGUUUGAAAAUUUCGAUUUACUUCGACCCGGUCACUCGAGCUUCCUUCCCGACAUCAAAUCACAAGAAAUCAGUGCCCUCGAUUUCGAAGAACCAGCCGACGAUUUCAUCCCUUCAGGACAACCCAGUGCUGGUGGACUUAUUGACACUCCCUUUUUCGAUCGGCUUGGAGGACGAGGACCCUCUUUUGGAUCCGCUGGAUUCGGACCGGGAUUCGGACCCGCUGCAAACGGAUUCCAAGGGCUUCAAGGAUUCGAUCCGUUGAAUUCAAUGGACUACGAGACAUCAGUUAGAAAACGAAGAGAUACAGUCGAUCUUGAAGACAUCAGAGCGACCAGAAAAGACAUGCAAAAGAAGAUCAAGGAACUUGAAAAGGUCUUCGUAGAGCUGGAAGAUUUCGUCGCGAAUAACCUCUCUGAUUGCUCUACAAAACGAAUCAAGCUGCACCAGUACAAACUCGACAAGGUCAAAGGACGAUUUCAAAAGGUGAUCGAGCGGCAAGGAACGGCGGAAAUCCAGCGAGGCCGCCGACGAAUGCGAAAAACGACAAAAUCCAGGAAUAACAAUUAA